AUGUCCGUGCGUUCAAAUGGCGAUUUGGACAUGGGCGGGACAUUAGUCUUCGGCCAAUUGACUCUGGGGGAGGUGGUCCUGACCUGCCCACAAGAGGUACUGUGUAUGGACCUGCCCAAGUUCAAUUGGGCCGAGACUGGCCUGAACACCAAGUCGGGGGAUUGGAUUUCUGACACCAGCGCAUCAGCCCGAUUCGCAACAGUACCAAAUAACCAUCCGACUGUCGCACCCCCGCGUCAUCUAAUCAUUCCAUGCAUUUCCCUGGCUUCCUCCCCAAGCCACAAAUAUGAUUCUUAUAUGUAAAUGUAGUGUACAGAAUGGCCAUGCACAAAGGAAGCAUUUCAUAUCUCUCCAACUAAUAUUUUGGCUUUUAUAAGAGAUUAAACAUACUCCUUUGAUGU